AAUUGUUUGCAAGUUUGCUUUCUUCCUUAGAACACUAUGGCCCUGCGUGGUCAAGGUGAUAAAAGAUGGAUUGUAGAAGAAAGAGAAGAUGGAACCAACGUGAAUCAUUGGCACUGGAACGAAUACGACGUUAGUAGUUGGGCUGCCAAACGUUUGAAGGAAAUGCUUUCUGGUAGCAGUUGUCCACUUGUUUCACCUUGGUACUUCCGAAUCAAUUCUACAGAGCAAGUACAUGGAGAAGCUACGGUAUAUGUACGAAAAGGACGCGUGAAGAGUUUAUGUGAUUUGGAAAUAACAGGACAGUGGUCCGUUGUGCAGGCCAAAUGUUCGGAAGACGAAGAGUGUGUACAAGGCACUUUUUCCAUUGAAUUGUUAUCAGGAGAACCAGAGAUAAGUUUGACAGCGACGACAGGGGAUAGACAGAAAUGGGAAACUUCUAAUUGGGAAGUAGAAGCAAAGAAUUGGUUGAGACAGGUUUUGGUAGACUUUAUCGAACAGUUAGGUGCAGGUGCUAAUUUGUCCAUAUCCAAAAAUAGAAACAUGUCGGAGGACGAAGUUGUAGUUGGACAACCACGUGCUCAAAGUAACGACAACACUAUCAGGAACCAGGCAGAAACAAUCGUUCAGCCAAAAGUAGAAGAGGAAUCCUCCGUACUUGCGUCAAAGGACCACGUUCACGAUCAACUAUCGAGUAGAGGAGUCGCUAUUAAAAAAUUGGAACUUUGGGAUAAGUUUCGUGCUUCACCCAAAGAUCUGUAUGACUGUUUUGUUUUAGCACCCAAGAUACAAGCUUAUACGAGACAACAUGCCGAAAUAUCUCCCCAAGUGAAUUGUGCCUUCUCACUUUUACAAGGUCAAAUUACUGGUACGAUUGUAUCUUUAGAACCUGAAAAACGAAUCGUCCAAGAAUGGAGAAUGAAAGAUUGGCCUUCAGGUCAUUAUUCACGAGUAACAAUAGAACUUCAAUCUAAGGCAGAAGAGGGAUUGACUCGUCUUCAUUUGAUUCAAGAAAGUGUUCCUGAAGACUAUGCCCAACAAACAGAACAAGGUUGGAGACAGCAUAUCUUUUUACCCAUCAAAGUAGUUUUUGGUUAUGCUCCGGAAAUUCCUUUUUGAAUAUAUAAAAUAUCUUUUUCAUUCCAUUUCGUCGUUAGGAGUACUAUACUCUACUUGGAUAGUAUUGGAUAACGACAUUUGUUGUUGCCAUGUCAAAUAAAGAGCGACAAGAAGAU